UGAACCGAUACUGAAUCCCAUCGCUUAGUAAAUGUAAACAAAAUUAAUGCGGCAUAAUUACCAAUAGCUUUUAAAAAUAUAAAACUUGAUGAGUGACCCAAAAUGAAACAAGAAAAUUGUGCUGAUAAAGAAACGAUAGAAUAUACACACACCACUGUGCCUUCAUCAAUGAGAAGUCCUUAUUGGAAGUAUUUCGGAUUUCCUGCUGAUAGUACUAAUAAAAUAUUGACUCGGCAAAAAAUUAUAUGUACGAUAUGUGGUACUGCCAUUACAUACAACAAAAAUACAUCUAAUCUUCGUACACAUCUUAUAUCGCGACACCCUGAGACUCUGCAUCAAAUGCAUAAUCAUCAAAGACAGCGGAACCUAGAGUUCUCUAGUAGUUGUGACAUGGCUGAUGCUGGUGAUUUUAAUAGUGCCGCUAUAAUGAACGAAAUGGGAAAGGAUGAAUGUAACUCGGAUAAAUUACACUUACAUAGAGAAAGUAAUAAGGGUGAUCCUAAUGUCAGUAGUCUAUUAAAAAUAAGACGUCUAAAUACAACGAAUGCACAAGAGCUUAAUGUGGAGCUAAUGGCUUCCAAUGGUCUAGUAAGCCGUCCGCAGCAAAAUGAUUAUAACCAUGAACAUACAGUAGAUUUCUCAGCUGUUGAAAUUAAUUGUGGUUCUGAUUAUCACUCGGUAACACGCGACAACAAGGAAAUCGACAAAGAUAUGCAUGAAGCGAUUACAGAAAAUGAAACCAGCUAUGAAUUUUUAACUUCGGAAACAGAAAAUGAUUUGAAAACCGAUGAAAAUAUUGGAAUUAAUUGCUCCAGUGAUUUCAAUGUUGGGGAUAUGAACCCCGACGCGGUUGCAUUAACGGAAGAUGAAGCAGUCAUAAUUGACAAUGAGAUUUCUCAAAAACCGAUGUUUGUAUAUUGCAGUGACUCAUUGCCAUGCUCAAUUGAUUUGACAAAAAAAUCAAAUGUAAUAACUCACAAUGAACUUCUUGUAAAUAUGUUGGUGUCUGAUUUACUGCCGCUUAACGUGCUUCAAGGUAUGGGUUUCAAACAAUUACUUAAUACGAUAGGUUUUGUCAAUGUGGAUAAAGAGCCAGUUGAGAGCAAAAUAUUGGCCGAUUAUUCAAAAAUGAAAUGUGCACUUAAAAAAUACAUUGCUUCAAAUUUGUUGCAACAAGAUAAACCCUAUUCAUUCAGUAUUGAAAACUUUAAAAAUAAUGAGGGAACCGACAUAAUUAGUGUUUAUGUUAACUUCCACAUUUUUGAUAUUGAAUACAAAUUUGAGAGUAUUUUAUUAGAAGAAAUUGUUUGUAGCAAAAGUACAGAUUUAAUUCGCUCUCUACAAGACUUUGAUCUUAGUCGUUGUGCAGCUAUUGUAACAACUAACGCAAACAACUCAAUUGUUAAGGAAUUUGCACUCGCGAAUGGUAUCGAAAUAGUACCCUGCGUAGGGUCAAUGUUAACCCGGUGUAUUUCUUUGAUCUUCCAACAAGAUGUGGUAUCUGAAUUAUUUCAACAGAUUUUUGAAAUAAGUGAGAAGAAUUUAAACUUAUCAACUGUGAAAUUAUAUUGCCCUUGGUGGAAACUGAAACUUCUUCAGGAUUUUUUGGAUAGUCCUUUAGCGGCAGAUGAAAAGUACAAGAAGAUGUCAUCAGAACUGGGAAGUUUCAUUACAUAUAUUAAACCCUUAAAGAUUACGUUUGAUACAAUAAACUCGGAGCAAAUGCCGUUCUGCACACUUGUGCGUCCGUUGGUAAUGCAGCUAUUCGAUGAACAUUUUUUAAAAUUCAAUACUAAUGACAAUGCUUGUUUGCAAUCGGCGCAAAAAAUUGUUAGUUCUGAGUUACGUAGUAGCAUCGCUGGAUGUUCAUUUUUUUCUGAAGCAGUGCUUUUUGAUCCACGAUUUCAACAAGAUUUCAUUCAAUCCAGCCCACAGCCAACACUACCGAAACAAACCGAUAGUUUUGGCAGCAUUCAUCGUACAGAAGUAAUACUGUCGGUUUAUAAUCGGUAUCCAAAUUUGGUUAAGGAGUUAAACUUAAAAGUAAAACUGGAACAAAAUCACAUAGGUGCCUCGUCACAAGCAGUAUCAAAAUCAUGUUUACGAUCGUUUUUCCAGCGUAUUAGCAAUACCGCCGGUGAGACGAAUCUUCAAAACAUUAACAACACACCUUCCAAGCAAUCGCAGCCGAAAGUCGCUAUGGAUUUGGAAUUGAAUCGAUACAAAGGCGAACAAACGUUAGAUUUAGAACUAUGCCCUCAAGUUUGGUGGCAAACACAUUCUGAACGCUACAAAUUUCUGCAUAAAAUCGCAAAUUAUUAUUUGAGUGUGCCGUGUUUAACACCACGGUGGCUGAUGAGCGGCCAAGAGGAGGUGGAAGUAAUCAAUAGAAGCCAGUGGUGGCAAAAAAGUAAAUCACUGCAGUAUCUCCACGCAGCAGAGAAGUGCAUAUGGUAUUUGCAUUACAAUCGUAGUAUAUAUAACAAAAUGAUGGCCCAAUCAACUAAAAAGCAGUCUGCGUGAAAAAACUGAAGUUGGAAAAACUCGUAUCAUAAUGAUAUAUUUCUUUUAUGUAGAACAAUAGCUAAUAGGGAGAACGCAUUAGAAUGGAAAUU